AUGGCUAACGAAGCAGACAAGUAUCGCGAAGAGGGGAACGAGCAUUUUAAAAAAAAACGUUUUCACAAUGCCAUCGAGUCUUAUACAAAGUCACUUCAUUACGGAGUUACAGCAACAACUCUCUCAAAUCGAGCUCAAGCAUAUCUAAACUUGAACCAGAGUGGAAAGGCCCUGAUGGAUGCAAGAUUGGCAAUUGAGAAGGAUAGCAAAGUUGCUAAAGCGUUUUACAGACAUGGUCUGGCGUUAAUCAAUUUUGGUUUAUUCGAGCAAGCUUCCACUGAUUUGGUUACAGCGUUGAAGUUAAUACCGAAUAAUCAGCAGAUUGAAAAAUUACUGGAAAAUAUUUGUGAGAAGGCAACAGUGACGGAACAAAGAGUUUUUCCGGUCAAUAAAUGCGAAGAAAUUCGUUCUUCAGAGCCUCUAGUUGAUAUCAAAGUGGAAAUUGAUGAGUCGGGGCUGGAACCUAUAAGACUCAAAGAGCAGGAAUUACAUAUUGAAAAUGGUGAUCGUCCCGUACCUUGUGUUCCUUCAACUUCUUAUCAGUUUCUGGCUGAUUUUGCAGCGUUGGUGAAUACGCCGAGGAAGUUUGCAGAGUAUUUCCUGGCAAUUGGUGCUGCCGAUUACAAUAGACUUCUCGAUGACAUUCUUGAAGCUGAUAUGAUCUCAGCAUUAAUUGAUGGUUCGCUACUUUUAACUAAAUGUGAUGAUAACGGCGCUGGUAAUAUCACGCUUAAUCAAAUUGCUAACGCCUUUGUUGCGCUAACAAACGUUAAGGGGUUCUCCUUGGCAGCUAUGUUCCUCAGCGACCUCACAAAAGCUGGUAAUGGUUUAAAGUCACUUUUAUUAAUGAAAUAG